AUGCGCCGGGAUAACCUUGAUCCGAUGAGGUCACCCUACCCCGGCCUUCUCCCCGAGGCCCUUGGGUCUAUAACACCAAACGCCUUCCAUGUAGCCCAGACAACACGGCUAGUGCACCACUUCGAGCCUUCGCCUGGGAUUCGGUUCUCCAGUCGCAGAGCCGCACCCGCGGAUCAGCUUCAGAAUGACCAAAUACCCCCAAACGAAGACUCUGGGUCCGAAUUUGAUUCUAUCGCGGACCAAGUAUUUGCCCACAAAUCAGGUGUGAAUUGCCUGGCAAUUGACCAAUUCGAGGGACGAUAUAUGAUAUCUGGGGGAGCAGAUCCGUCAAUUCACCUCUGGGAUCUUGAAAGUAGGGGUUCAGAGCUCAAGCACACCCAUCGGGCUCGCGCAUCAGUCAGUAAAUCUUCACACAAUGACGCACAUACCCACGCCAUUACCUCCCUCUCGAUCUAUCCCUUCGACCCGGUUCCCUCGACCAUAUUUUCGACGUCGCAUGAUGGUACCUUGAAUCUAUCCGCACUCCAAUCCCCGGCGAUUACCCCGGUACAUCGAUUCAACAUUGGUUGCACGCCCUAUGCGCACUCAUUUUCCUCUCAGCCUGGAUCCACCUUGCAAGUGGCAGUUGCAACCUCAGAGCAGUCGGUGCGGUUAGUGGACUUGCGAUCAGGAUUAGCAACACAUGGCUUGCCAGGGCACACUGGCGCCGUACUAUCGGUUUCUUGGGCCCCGCACCGGCCGUAUCUCCUCGCGUCGGGGUCAGUGGACAACCGAGUGAUCAUCUUCGACGUUCGGCGGGGUGGUCAUAACUCUGCCAUUGCAACACUGGACAAGGAUGACUUUGUGGGCAUGGUUCCGCCGGGUUAUGGGGCCGCACCUGAGGCCUAUACUAACCGGCUGGCGUUUUCCCGCCACGCUCGUGCACACAAUGGUGCUGUAACAGGAGUUCGCUGGACCUCCAAUGGCAGCCAUAUUGUCACAGCCGGGCAGGACUCGCGCAUUCGGGUGUGGGAUGCAAGUACGGGUGCGAACAGCCUUGUGCAUUUUGGACCUCGCGUUCGGAAUAGCGCGUCGUCCCACUUGGCUGAACGGGCACCCUUGCUCCUGCCCAAGGGCCUCAUGAACCCCGGCCAUGAAACCUUACUGUGGCCCAACUUCAACGAACAAGAUGACCGGGGCGAGAUCUUCAUGUUUGAACUCCGCGAGGGAACUUUUAUCAAGCGUCUUCGGGUUCCCAAUCUUACGAAUGCGUCGAGCUCGUACCGUGCCCGUGGGAAUGCACUUAGCGCUGGGCGGAUUAACGAUCUAGCCUGGCGGGGCAACGGUGCUUCUGGUGAGGGUCUGGAGCUGUUCUCUGCCCAUGGUGAUGGGACUAUCCGCAGUUGGGUGUCUCGGGAACCAGAUGGAGAACCUACGGAAGAGGAAGAGGCAGCGCUGGCUGAUAGGAAAAGAAAGCGAGACGUAUUAGACGAAAUCUACCAGGGAUUUAUCACACCUGAAGCACCCAGAACCUAUACGUGA